UGUGAGCGUGUCCCAAGCGGGCCACCGUACAGCCGUUACGUGGCACUAGCUGCUAGUUCCCCGGCUGCCUAGAGCGGUGACGCCUCUUCCAUAGUGAGGCCCAGACUCCUCAGCGAGGUUCCCGGCCUGUGCUCGCUAGUAUCUCAGCCCCCUCCGGUCACCAUGUUCACGAUAUCGGAGCUCGUAGCCCUGGUCGCCUUCUUCUCCGCAACGGCCUCAGGUUACUUCGUCAGCAUCGACGCCCACGCCGAGGAAUGCUACUACGAGCAUGUGACGUCCGGCACCAAGAUGGGCCUGAUCUUCGAGGUGGCGGAGGGGGGAUUCCUGGACAUUGAUGUGGAGAUUACUGGUCCUGACAAUAAAGGUAUUCAUAAAGGAGACAGAGAAUCCAGUGGAAAGUACACCUUCGCCGCACAUAUGGAUGGAACGUACAAGUUCUGUUUCAGUAACAGAAUGUCAACAAUGACUCCGAAGAUAGUGAUGUUUACCAUUGACAUCGGAGAGGCCCCGAAAGGCCAGGACAUGGAGACAGAGGCUCACCAGAACAAGCUGGAAGAAAUGAUCAAUGAACUCGCAGUGGCCAUGACAGCUGUAAAGCACGAGCAAGAAUACAUGGAAGUCCGGGAAAGAAUACACAGAGCAAUCAAUGACAACACGAACAGCAGGGUGGUGCUUUGGUCCUUUUUUGAAGCUCUUGUACUUGUUGCUAUGACACUGGGACAAAUCUACUAUCUGAAGAGAUUUUUUGAAGUACGACGAGUGGUUUAGAGUGCUGCGCCUGUGGGGAUUUUCUUUCUUUGCCCUAAAUAAUAAUCCCAUUUUUUCCCCCCAUACUUCUCCCCUUCUUGUUAACUUGGCCAGACCAAAUUUAAAAUGUUGCAACUUUUUAGUUGGGAAAUGCUCAUUGUAGCACAAAUAAACUUCAUGCUGCAUUUGUUACCUUCAGGAAAGUCCCCUUGAAAUCCAACUGAAGUGACCUAUUGGGAAGAUCUUGGCACACGGUCUGUGUUGUGAUACCCGUCCGGAUUGGAAGUGCAUCUAGUUACAAUUUUACCACUUUACUCUCACAAUCAUGUUUUAUUUUUUUUUGUCAAGACUAAGAGCCCAAAGAGGCUCAUAAAUAAGAUGGCUCAAAAUAAGCCACCGAAAUGUCACUUGCAAUAUCUGUUCUGAGCAAAUGUUUUUCUCCUGAAUUCCUAGAAUAAUUUUAUGUGCUUUUUCCCAUGUGUUGUCUGAUACUUCAUUCCCCAGCAAGUUCUUCUAGCAGGAAAGUCUCACAAUGGGAAGAGGCCCAGAUAUAAAAUGCUCUUAGUAACAACACAAUUCUGUUUCUUUAUGGGAAUCUUCACUAAAGAUACUGGUGUGGAUUUAGAAAAACUAGAGUUGUUUUGAAGCAACAGUUAAAAAAAAAAAAAAAAUA